AUGACGGGUCGAGCAAGGGGAAGAAGCCGCGGCCGCGGUCGCGGUGGAGAUCAGGCCCGAAGACCCGGAGAUGUGUCGCAGCAGGAGCAGGCUCCCCCAGGAGGAAGAGGAAGAUCGCGAGGUCCUCCGCCAGCGCAAGCAGCUCAAGCUCCGGCUCCUGUUCCACAGAGACCACCUGUAACACAAGAGCAAAAACCAGCUCCCGCACCACCAACUCAGGCCAUGGCAGGGAUGAGCGUCAGUGAACAAAGGCCAUCGCGCGAUCGGCGUCGAUUGAGGGAGGACCCAGACUGUGAUGUAGCCUCAAAGCCAGCCCAUAUUUCAGAUAAGAAGGGUUUGUCUGGUGGACCGGUAACCUUGCUGACAAAUCACUUUAAGCUCAAGACUAAAACAAACUUUGGUGUAUACCAGUACAAUGUCAGCUACCAGCCUGUACAAGAUUCUAAGAGAGUGCGUGUAGGCCUUUUGAAAAGCCAGAAAGAUGUGAUUGGUUCAGUCCACGCCUUUGAUGGAAUGAUGCUGUUUCUCCCCAUCCGCCUUCCAGAGGUUGAGACUGUACUGAAUCUAACCAAACUGAAUGGUGAUCCUGUGCAGAUGACAAUCACGUACACAAAUGAGGUUCCUGUGGGAUCCCCAAACAUGAUGCAGUUGUUCAACAUCAUUUUUCGCAGGUCAGUUUUUGUUAGUAUAUAGUGAAAAAUAAUGUUCAAGUUUUGCUGCUAAAACUAGCAGUGAUUCAAAAUUAGGGGAGCGUGCUGGAAGCAGGGGAGGGGUGGGUAAUAAGAGUUAUUGGUAAGGGGAUGUAAAACCUUAUGUACUUGUAAGAUUGAUAAAUGAAAAUCAAUUAUUUGUUUUCACUGUUACACAAUCAAAAUGAUAAAAUGCAAAACAUUCAGUACAGAAAGUCCAGAAUCUGGGAAAUGAAAAAAUAUGAAUGCACGAAAAGUCUUGCCAGGAAACAGGACUGUUCAAUAAUUCAUAUGCAAGAUAUUUGGAAAAGAGGUUUACGCAACAAGGCUGCUGCCUAAUGGGUGCCCAUUCACCAGAGGUGCCUACAAUAAUCCUGCAGGCGGUUAAAAUUUUAGACAAGUAGCCCACACGGGUGUCUAAAAACCAAAACUUAAUGCGUCUUGUCGACUGUGGGUAGAGAAUUUCUGUGGAUAAAAAGUAAACAAACAACAGGAUGGCACUAGGAUUUUUCAAUCUGGGUCCUCAGACCCACAUGUCCAGUCAAAUUGGUGACCCUCCCCUAAGAAAUUCUUUUUGUUGUAGUUAUGAGAAAGAGUGACUGCCAAAUUACUGUUACCUAAGCUUUAUCGUCUUUUUUUUGUUUGAAAACAUAAGCUAGCAUAGUCACUUGUGGUUUUGAGAUGUUGCUGAAGCAACACUUUUGCCAAACUUUUGUGAUCCACCUGACUCGUGAUGAACAAGUGCCUAUCUUUGGAAAUUUUUGCAUCCAGUCGUGAACGCCUUCUUCUUUCCAGCUUUUGUGUAAUCCUUACAAAUCAUCAAUAAGUCAUCGCCUAAGAUUCUUGUUUGCAGCCAUCCAAACUAUUUCAGCCAUUUGUCCAAAAACUGAUUGUCUUCCCCCCUUUUCACAUUUCAUUGCCAUGUUACGGGCACAUUUAAGUGGGUACUCGACCAGCACAGUCAAUCAAACAAUGAACAAACAUGGCAGGAGCUCAUUAAAGUUUCCCAGAUGUGUAAAUUGUUUCCAGGCCCCUUUGCGUAGUUAAAUCCAAUAUGGCAGCCACAAUGUGAAUUGGCUUUGUUCAAAAUUUUUUUACACGUCGCUCAAACAACAAACUCUAUUCAAGAUUCAACGUGAGUGGAGUGAGUUCUGUAAGUCAACAUCUUGCAUCCUGGGAUGCAUUAAAAUUUUGAUGAUGCAUUUUUUGCAUUUUGUUUGCGUAAGAAUGCCUCAUUUCUGUGUUAACAUGAUCUCUGCAAGCACUUGUCUUGAAAUUCGCUUCUGUGACUUUCACUCCGGCUUUUCAAUGAAGUUUCUUGUCUGUAAAGGAUAUCAAAGUAUAAUAGUCUUAGAAUAACUUUUGGUAUCCAAAUCAUGACUUUUCCCAGCGUUUUGCCUCAAGAAAUGUUAGGCCGUUGUUGUAUGUUAAGUCGAGAUGUGUGCAAAAAGCAAGAGGUUUCAAAUUAUAUGUAACAUUUACUUGCAUCUACAACAAUGCAAGUUAAGCAUUUUAUAUCUUGCUACGCAUGGUACAGUUGGCGAUGUCUGAUUUUAUUCAUUCAGCGUUAUCUAUAGAGUAGAAAGCUUUAUUAAUGUGUCGGAGCCGUAUAGCUUGGGAACAAUCCCAUACUAAUUUGGGGACACAAUUCAUAAUUAAAUUAUUGGAAUUACCGAUAAAAUAUAAAAGUAAAAAAUAUUUAAACUACGCAUAAUAUGUUAUACUAUAAUGAUAAUCUAAAAUAACUAAGAGAGAAUUGUAAAAUUAAAUGGUUAUGAUGUGCAGGGAGAACAGCUCUUACAUCCAUCAUCUAUCAUUUAGCUUAUAUUAUGUGUUUUUUUUGUGUUGUUGUACAUUUUGUGGUAAUUUUUGGAGGCUUGCAAAAACAUUUUUGAAAGAUUCAUGGCAGCUAUUUCAGCUCAUAUUUCAAUCUCUUUAACCCAUUCGCCCCUGAACCAACCGUAACCGCCCAUGCAGAUCCAUGUCCCUUCUACUGCAUGUCACAAUGUCACUUUAUUAACGUGUCAAAAUCUUCUAGCUGGCCACAAGUUAAGGACACACAAGGUUAAAUCAAGCCAAAACAGAAAGAUAUCGAAAUCCUUGUGAAGUCUUUUGAAUGAACACAUGUUCCACCAAAAAGCCCCCAUGUUUGUUUUCAGCAAUUCACAGCAAUCAAACACGGCGUAUGUGCACAAGUCCAGCAAACUGCCAACCAUCUUAAAUUCUGACACCCUUUAUAAUUGUUAUCUAUCUUGUUUCCGGGCUUGCAAUUUUGUUGCACAGUACUAUUGUUAUAAUGUUUUCCUAAAAAAAGUCUAAAUGUUUUUAUGUCAAAAAUGAUGUUCAGUUUUUGUGUUGUAGAAAUCAGUCCUCAUACAUGAAGUACCUACCUGUUUAUAACAGAACCGUAAGGUUGAGCUAAUCAUGUAACAUUGUGUAGUUUGGAACUUGAGCAGGAUUUUGCCUUCCAUUUUCAAAUCUGCACAACAAGUAGGACACAAGAUUGUCAAAUUUUUUAUUUCUUUAUUAAUUAAGGUGAAAACUGGUCGCAAAGUUGCAGCCGCUGAAGAAGCUUAAGUCAUAAAGGGAGAAAACUUAGUCCCAAAUGCGACCGAUACAGUCGCAAUGUCGAGCCCUGGUAGUAGUAACCAGGGGUUUUGAUAAGCACCAACGGCCGACCAAACGCAUUGGCUACUUUGCUCAUAGAGGUCGUUUACUUUUUUCUGGAAAGAAGCAACUAGUUUAAAUAACGUUGUAAACAAAAAAAUAUAUCAUAAAAUCUGAAUGAAACCGUAAUUAUGUGUUUUCAUAAAGGCCCACUGGUUUUACAUCAUGCUUUUGUCAUGUGAUCGCUAUAUUUCAGUCAUCAGGGCUGAAAAUAACAGACAGCAGGUCGCUGGUCAUGAUGACCAUCCAAAUAUUUUUCAGCCCGGACAAACCCCGAUUCUGGCCGGUCAAAUAAUAAAUACUUUUUUUUUUUUUUUUUGCCUAAGGAAUAUUGAAUUACGCUGGCAGUAGAUCGUUUUUACUACAUUGACGUUCACAUUUUUGACAGCAAGUUGGUGAAAAAUGCAUUCACAUCUUGUAGAGUUCCUUUCUGCGGUUUUCGCGUGUUUUAAGGUCUGUUCUACCUUGAGUAUCAUCGUACGGCGGUGUCUGAAGUCUCUAAAGGUAUAAAGUGAAGCUUAAAUCCUUUUCACACUCCCAAGGUUCAGGAAAUAGAAUACACAUACAGUUCAGCAAACUUAAGGAAUUGCGAAAAAAAAAUAAUUUGGGUUAUUAAAGAACAAAAUCUGCACAAAUUUGUUUUAGCGGAGCUUCACGCGUGCGCAAAGCGCACGCGUGGGCGGAGCCCCAUAGCUAAGGAAAUCUACCCAUCCCAGAAAAUUUGGUAAUCACGUGACCGAGCGACCGACCGACCGACCGACCGUCUGUCCGCACCACAGGUAUACCAAUGUUUACUCUCACACUUUCUAGCUACUUUGGGAGCCCAGGAGAAAGCUGAUUGCGCAUCAAUGUUGUCAUCAAUUGACAGCUGUCAAAACAGGGUAUCCGCUGACCACUAUCACCUGACCGUAUCGGGGGCUCAGGUGUCGACCCAUCAAGGCCGAGUAUUUUGUGAAGUUAUCCGCUGACAAUUUACUCGUUUUCAAAUGAUUGCAGGCUCACGUUUACUUUUGUGUUAAAUUCACAACAAAUAUGUUGUGUUUAUGUCAGUAUCACCCCGCACUAUUACGAUUUUGGUUUCAAACUGACCUCAGACGCAAAAAUUCAGCCAGUUUUUUUAAAAUACAGGCGGGGAAGACCUUUCCUUACCAUGGUCACGUGUUAGUCACGCUCCACGUCCAAUUUUUAUGCUCUGAUUGGUUAAAAUUUGACAGGUGAGUUCAUGCAUAAAAUUUAUGCAGCAUCUUGAAAGUUGUUUAGUUUGACAGCUGAAGUUGACAGAGUUUUGAGUCAACUUGUGAUGUUUUUAACUGUCUUUUUCCACUGGAUGUACCAAAUGAAAUACAGCUGCUAUCAAGAUGUGUUUUCUUAUUCAUGGCUGGUUUGUUUAUUGGGUUUUUGGUUGAAAAAUGCGUCGCUUGUCAAAGCCGAUAAUCCGAUUUCGGGUGGCAUCGUUUUUGUUUUUCACCUUGCUGGAUGCGUACGAGAAUUAUAAAGGCUCAAGUGAUCCUUGUCUUACUUGAUAGCUUUCAGGGGCUGCAUCUCGAAAUAUGGUAAGCCUGAGUAAUUAUUGUAUUUAAAUCUAAUUUCAUGAAGUCCAGCGGUGCAGUUUAUGAAGCUAGUUUAUGCACGUUUGUAUUAAGAUUUGACUGAGACACUGAUCUGACCUCGUAUGAGGUUUGAUAUAAGCUUAAACUUACAGAACUUUAAAAAGCCUUUAGUCGAUAUUAAUUCACCGUAAAUAGAAAGAAAAAACUUUCCGAAGAAUAUUUAGUUAUAAUUUUGGCUGUAGAAAGAAAGCUUUGAGCGAUUUUCUUGACGUGAGUUCAUCUUUGAAAACAGCCAACACCGGGAAACCGGCGGCUUAAAACAUAAACUUUAAGCUUGCUAGUAAAGACUUGAGGAUUCUUAGACACACUUAAAUACUCAUUUGUUUUCGUGAAUGAAAAUUGUUGUCUCUGUAAAUGUUCUAUCGAAUUAUUUUUCUUUAUUGAUUUUUGGUAGUCUCAAAAGUGUAAUUUUCAUUGCUUUGCCGUUUGUUUUCAGCCGUUCAUAAACAUCGCUUGCAGGAGUACUCAAAAUGCCAAGCGUAUCAAACGCCUUUUUAGAUUACACAUCGUUAUAAAACCGUUAAUAAAAAAUAUAAAAUUUGUUUACGUGUAAAAGUACGUAAUUUAGUUUUCAUCAAUUGCUCAUUGCUUGUAGGAAUUGAUUGUGUGAUUGAUAAAUUGAAAGCUACUUUUUCUUGAAUAAAAAACACACUCUUUUGUCCUCAAAUUUAUUCCCCAGAACGCUGAAAAUCGCAUUUUAAGGCUUUGAAAUUUCAAAAUUUUCUAGGUUAGAACAUGCCCGGACCCCCUCCCCGCCCCCCUAGUAAAAGGGGACCAACGGCCCCUUGUUUAUACAGUCAGUUACUCUAUUAAAACCUGCUUGCUACUUCAAUUUUCAUUGAAACCACUGAGUAACAAAGGUGCCCCAGACUCUUGAAUUAAAGCCUGGCAUAACUCUGACCCAAAUUUAUGCUGCUAGCUAGUAAUAUGCCUUAAAAACAGUACUGUAAUUCUCUCCUGGGUAUCCCCAUGAUGGCCACUUUCUUGUGUCCCCAAGGUGGCCAUUGUGGAGAGGUUCAACUGUAACAGGUCAAACAACUGACUAUUAUCAAAAUAUAAUCUCAUGUACUAAAUUAAGAAAUAACAUUGUAAAUCAUUGUAUCACUCUAUUUUUCUUGUUUUUAGAAUUCAAAACAACAUUGGUAUGCAGCUGGUGGGCAGGAACUUUUAUCAUGUUUCAAGACCUAUCAUGAUUGACAAAUUCAAGUAAGUGAUAGUACAUUCAAAUCUUCUUGUUAGUGACCACAUAUCUAAAACACCAAAAUUUUAGUGAAAUCACUAGUUUGACCCUCUUAUAAAUGACUGCACCUGUCACCAGGGAGAAAAAAGCACAUUUCUGGAAAAGCUUAACUUGAGCCUCGCCCAGGCCCAUUCUCGUGUCUUUUGAGGCUGUUGGUAGGGAACAAUCUUCAAGCUAUAUCUUAACCUGAGAUCAGGCCCAAUUUGAGCGGUUCUCAUACAUUCUCUCUAACGGCUACUGCUGAAAUUGGGCCUUUCGUUUCGUCUUGCCCACCGGAAUGUAAUUUUCAAAGCGAAACGAAAAUAGAGCCUGAUCUCUGGUUAGCUAUAUCUUGACAUAGCAAUAUGUAUAUGUAGUGAUUUUGUUACAAAUAGUUUUGGUGUGUCCUGAGACUCUUGUGAAAAAUCACCAGUCCCAGUUCAAAAAACAAGGAGCAAGGCUGCAAGUUACAGUCGGUCAUCGGAUAAUUGUCCGGUAAAUUUGACGUUUUGACCGGCGAAAUUUUAGUCUGGUCUGUCACUCUGACCGGGCACUUCUGAUCCAAAUUAAACUUUUAAUUGUCAUACUUUAAUGACACUUUUGGCAAAACAUUGUUCUGUUAUUUGGCUAAACACACACAUUGACAAUCAAAAAAUAAUAAUCUGCUAUCGAAAAGUAAAUCAGAAUUAAAUUUUUGUUUAAUUUUUGUUUUCAGACUGAUCAGUGAACUGAUGCAACUUUUACAGCUACUGUCUGUGAUAAAUAUUGUGCAAUUAAAGCAAUGAAAUAGGUUGUUUUGUUGAAUUCUUAAUUUUGCUCUUUCACUAGGAAUUUUUUUUGUCCGACCAGACUGUUUCCUUGUCAGGUCAGGUCUGGUCUCUGACCUGACAAAUGACCUGCUUAUGAAAAAAAAUUUAUUUGCAGCCUUGAGGAGUCCUAAAUUGCAUAUGCUUGUACCUUUAUUUAACAGUUAAUCUGGACACAGACACCAAAACUCUUAUUACAGUUUACUAAAAUAAAAUAAUAGUCCUAAAGUAAACAUGCAUCUUUAAACAACAGCCACAGAAAUCACACAAACAGGGAAUUGUACUAAAAAUGUUCAAAUUGAUCGAUUGUUCUUUGCAUGCCAUGAAUAUGUUGCAUCUUUGGGUAUUUUAAUGUGUCAGGGAUGCAGGAUGCAGAGGUAACAAAGUCACUGUAUAUGUGAUAAAAUUUGUCAUCAGGGGUUGAUUUAAUAAAACAUUUACAAGUGUAAUUCACAAGUGUAGCCAUUAUUUUAGAGUCUGAAAACAAUAGCUGUGCUUAUAAAUUACACUUGUAAAGGUUUUAUUAAAUUGACCCCAGGACACUUCUAUUGCAACUCAGAUUACUGAUUGAUAAUAAUUUUCAUUCAAAAACACAUACCUUUGCAAAUUUUUUUCAGGAGAGCCCAUUUCAGCUAGUCCAAAACCCUGAAGUCCAUUUUGCUCUCAGGGUGCUACCCCUGUUCCCCUGUGAGGCCUUGCUGGCUCCAGACCCUGUACCUGUUAAGAAGCCUCUGGACCUCAGUGCUGUCUACUUUCGCUUAUUUUCCUGCCACUUGAAAUUAAUUGUUUUCCAUAUGUAAAUUAGAGCCCAAUAAUAUUAUUCCCAGUGAAAAAAAAGCCUCUUCCAAGGUUCUGCUCUGGCAGUGCCCAGUGGCCCGUUAUGCCUUGCUUUUGCUCCUGGGUGAUGAAAAAAUCUAAUUUUUUUGAAGAAUUCAUAUGCUGGGUGCCAUUCAGUUUUUCUUAAUAAACUUCAUUCUUGGCUUCUUCAUUUGGCAUGUUUCUGUCCACUGGUGUGACAGAACAAUGUCUGCUUGGCCAUAAAACCAACCAUUGGUGGUUAAAGGGUCUCAGGGGGCAGUUUCAAAUGCUGCUGUAAUUUCCCCAUUGCGAAACCAUGGAAGCUGUUAUUUGGUAUUGGAAACAAACUGUGUAGUGCCUACCUGUAAACAACCUUUUGGAUAAUUCUCCUCCUAACAUGACAGAUCACCGGCAAAGUACUGUUUUAUCUUUAAAUAAUUUUUUCAGCCGAUUUCCAGGGACAAUGGUUUAAAUUAAACCACGUGUUUGGUAUUAAUGCAGCAUGAAUCUGAAGAUGUCUACUGAUGUAAUGAUUUUUGACACUUACUUUAGGUUGGAGUUGUGGCCAGGUUAUACUACCUCAAUCUUGCAGUAUGAAACAGAUAUUCUUCUGUCUGCUGACGUUUCACACAAAGUACUGAGACAGAGCACCGUCUUAGAUUACCUCUACGAACUGUACAAUACCAAAAAAGAUUUCUACAAUGAAGCCACCAAGAGAGUUGUUGGCCAAAUUGUCUUGACACGGUAUUGAUCAUGAGUUAUUUUAUGAAGACCCUUUGUCACUCUCCAUGAUGCAGCAACUAGCCUUAGAAAUAGCUUGCUCGCAGGCUACAUUGUGACAUCUGAAUCGCCUUUUGCUUGCAGAAUCAUUUCUUUCAAAUCUUCAGUUCAUAUUCAAGCAAUUGUAUCUGGUUUUCUUUUGUUUGCUUUAAUUUUCUGUCAUUGUGAGUACAUGUGCAAGUUUUCCAAAGGACUGCCGGAAGGCUAUUGUUGUUAACAUAAAAGAACAAAGUUUCAGUAGUUGCUAAGGCAAAAAUUAUGACAAAACUGUCAGUAAGUGAAACAGAAUGAACUGGUUUAUUAACUGCGUUGUGCAGUUAUAUUCUUUAAAUAGAAGAAUCUUUUUUUAUUAUUUGAUUUUGAGCCUAAAAAGUUGCCUGAACUUUCGAGAAACAUGAGAAUGAUGUACAGGACGGUGAAGCAGAUACAACUUCGGAUGUGGAUGAUAAAUUCGGUCUUUGAUAAAAUGAAAUAUGUUCAUUAAGAUGGCUGAACACAGUUUCUCUGCCAUGAAGUUGUGCGUAUGCUGAGAAAUUUCACAGACGCAAUUCAGGGUGUGCAUUAGGCAUCACAGAUCAAAGAAUUCCCUCCUGAAGUUCCGUAGCCUAUGACUUUAUUUUCAGACAUGGAGCCUCUUUCAAAAUAUUCCCCUUUAACGUUACACCUUUCUCCUGCUACUAGAAUUCUUAAUGAAAACCGUGGCAAUUGUUUCUGCUAGUGCAAAACCGAUGUGAUCUAAAGAAAAAUUAAAAACUGAAGAGUUUUUGCCCCUUGAAAUGCUUUAUCCCUCUACUGUUAACAUCUUUUUCAUGAGUAGAUAAGCACACAAUGGGACUUUUGUAGACAUUGUAAAGAAACAACGAUAUCUAAAAAUGUACUAAUUAGAAUUUGAUGAAAUGUGGCAAAAUUUUUGUCAAUAUCAUUGAAAACCUGAAAAUUAAAGUUGAACAGACGAUUUUUUGACACAAUCAAAUUUCAAGUGUUGUUUGUUACUAUUCAGUUAAGUUAUUUUUAUAAAAUGAGCAUUACAUACUCAUUGUAACCUAUGAGCAAUUUCAUAAGAAAAUCUAGUGACUGGAUUUUCCAUAAACCUACUGAAUUCACAAGUUUAGGCUUGUGUUGCCAUGGCAAUGAUUGAAAUCUUACAUUCAACCUAAUAAACAAAAUGUCAUUAUUCUAUUGUCUGUGCCAAGUUUGAGCUUGAUACCAUCCUCGGGGACCCAGGGGCAGUCAGUCAGUUCGGGAGAAAAGGCAGGAUGAAAGUUUUCAAGUACGUGCAAAAGAGCCCCUGGGUACUGACUUUCACCUAACUAUUUCCAAAAAUUCAAGCAGAUGCCAGCUCCUGAUUGGGCACAAAAAAUGCUUUGUAUUUUUUGGCCCAAUGGGCGAAUAGUUUCUCCUGAGUUCUUUUCGUGAGUUGGUACACGACGGCUAUUGUCUCGAUCACGGCUUGUCUGGUUCAUGCUCCAAAGAAAUGCACGCAAACAGGAAACUUUCAGUUGGACAUAUUAAAAUCCCCAUCUGAUUUCAAAAUACUGUCUGCCCAAGAACUAAAGACGCUUUUCCAAAAAUACAACCUUGAGCUUACAACAGGUAUUCACGCUUGAAUUGGUCACGUCUUCUGUAAAUAUUAGGGAGUUUUCAAAAGAUACCACGACAGCUCACAGCCGCAAAAACGUCGCAUGGAAAAGUGAAUUCACAUUUUUUUUCAGUCUCUAUCGUGAUUAUUCCAACUCGCUUACUUUGUCAAAUGCAAGUGAACUCUUCUGGAGCUCAAUUUCUAUCAACCAUAUCCACGUUCAUGAAGAGAAUGAAUUUUGUCAUUGCUUGUUUACGUCCUUCACAAAACAUGAAAUUAGGCAUUUUCACGGGUAGUCGUGCAGUUGACGGCAAAGAAAUGUACAAAAAAGCGUGAUGCACGUGCAAAGUUGUUGUUUUGCCUUGUGAAGCUAUUCCUUAUUUGACUUUCUCGUUGGCACCGCGUCUUAAACUUCCUAUUAUUUAUGAUACAUUGUGAUCUGUCAAAAACAGAAUAUUCUAGGGGCAAAUUGAAUUGCUUCUGCUGAUAGUAUCCCAAACGUUUUAUCAACUCAUCGGUAGUUCCUUCGUUUCUGGUCAGGAAAGUAGGAAAUAAAAGUUUCCAUUGCACACAUAAGCUUAGUGAAUGAACCGGACAAUAGCCGUCGUGUACGAACUCACGAAAAGAACUCAGGAGAAACUCUUCGCCGAUUGUGCACAAUAAUACAAAGCAUUUUUUGUGCCCAAUCAGGAGCCGGCAUCCACUUGAAUUUUUGGAAAUAGUUCGGUGAGAGUCGGUACCCAGGGGCUCUUUUGCCCGUACUUGAAAACUUUCCUCACGCCUUUUUUCCCAACCCGACUUAAUGCCCCUGGGUCUCCGAGGAUGGCUUGCUACCAUCAUGGAACACAUUCUUUCAAUGCACAGUGACGAUUCACAACCUAGCGAACUGUGUUCAGCCACCUUAAAUGGCCUCAAAGUUGUCCUUUGUUUAGCAAGUUAGUUAUGAAUCAUUUCACUGUUGCUUGUUGACUGUGAGUUGAAAUUUCUCAUUGAUAUAAAUUAUACUGGUACAUGACCGAUUGAUCAAAACCAGUAUUUUCUGUAUGCUAAUAGAUAGACAGAGUGCAAAGCAUAGAAAUUCCUUUCCUUGCUAAAAGCUUAGUUUUUCAUUGCUUAAAAAUAAAACUUUCGCUGAAGGUUUUCCAAGUCUCUAUGGUUUGAAUUUUUUUUGGUGAUGGCUUAGAAAUUGACAGCAAGUAGUGUUUAGGCCCAAUUUAAAUUACCUUCAGCACUGUUACUGGAUUUUAAAAUUUUAAAAUCCUAUGUACAAAUGAUCUGAAGGGAAAUUACUUCGAGUUAGCGACAGGUUCAAGUUAUUGAGGGUUCGAGUCUCAGAAAAAAAAAUUUCAGCAAAUGUAUGAAAGAAAAUCCAGCGGAAAUCAACUUUUGUUUGAGUAAGCACAAGCUUCAAGUUAGCAAGAGUUCAAGUUACUGGAAGUCAAUUGCAAUUGUUUCUAAAGUAGUGUAACUCCUCUUGAAUUAUGAUGGUUUCUGAUGAUAAUCUCUUUGUCUUAGCACUGUAAUUAAUUCUGCUGUCUUUAUCCUUUUUAGGUACAACAACAAAACAUACCGUGUUGAUGACAUCAAGUGGGAUAAACAUCCAACUGGCACGUUCAAGUGCACAGAAAAAGGCCAAGAGGUUGAAAAGAGCUUUAUAGAGUACUAUCGAAAGGUAUGUAGUCAUUUGUUAGUCUGGUGGCUGAAUUAUGCUACACUAUCUAAUAGUUUAUGUAUAAAAAUAACCCAUGUUUGAGAAAAGCUAAACUAGGAGAUACGUCAGCGUGCAAAGAAAAUCAUUUUUACAGCUUGCCCUUCGGGCAAGCUGAAGCUAGCAGUUACUAGCCCAAACGUCAUUUCCGCUAGCCCCAAAAGCUUUUUGACGAGCAGAAUUGAUUUCACAGUUCUUCUGUUAUUCGAAUUCCUCAAAAAUCAUCACUUGCCCGUCGGGCAAGUUAAAAACAGAAUUAACUAGCCCGAUAACAAAAUCCACUAGCCCCGGGCUGUCGGACACUACUUUCUUUGCACGCUGUACGUUAUGCAGCUAAAUUUAUUUGUCAAACAUGGCCCUGGCAGUCAAGANAAGUCAAUUGCAAUUGUUUCUAAAGUAGUGUAACUCCUCUUGAAUUAUGAUGGUUUCUGAUGAUAAUCUCUUUGUCUUAGCACUGUAAUUAAUUCUGCUGUCUUUAUCCUUUUUAGGUACAACAACAAAACAUACCGUGUUGAUGACAUCAAGUGGGAUAAACAUCCAACUGGCACGUUCAAGUGCACAGAAAAAGGCCAAGAGGUUGAAAAGAGCUUUAUAGAGUACUAUCGAAAGGUAUGUAGUCAUUUGUUAGUCUGGUGGCUGAAUUAUGCUACACUAUCUAAUAGUUUAUGUAUAAAAAUAACCCAUGUUUGAGAAAAGCUAAACUAGGAGAUACGUCAGCGUGCAAAGAAAAUCAUUUUUACAGCUUGCCCUUCGGGCAAGCUGAAGCUAGCAGUUACUAGCCCAAACGUCAUUUCCGCUAGCCCCAAAAGCUUUUUGACGAGCAGAAUUGAUUUCACAGUUCUUCUGUUAUUCGAAUUCCUCAAAAAUCAUCACUUGCCCGUCGGGCAAGUUAAAAACAGAAUUAACUAGCCCGAUAACAAAAUCCACUAGCCCCGGGCUGUCGGACACUACUUUCUUUGCACGCUGUACGUUAUGCAGCUAAAUUUAUUUGUCAAACAUGGCCCUGGCAGUCAAGAAAUAUAACUCUCCAAGUGUUUAUAUAUACACAGUUAAACCAUUUCGUACUUGCGGGCGCAAACAAUAGAAACAUCAUCAUUACCUACUGAUUCCUCGCGGCCCCUGUUCAAGCAAAUCGAGAUUUUUUCUAUAUUGACUGUAUGACUGUAUAUUUCAACUGUAAGUACUUUCCUUAAUAUAUGCGCGAGUUACUAGAGUAGUGCCUCCUCGGGAUUUCGCCUUCUGGGCGAAAUGCCUGCAGGGGUAAUAACCUGCAUGAGCCAAAAAUGGAUGUGAUUUUGACCAUUUGCUUCAAAGUAACAGCGGAAAUCGAGAUAAGAAAACAUGUUUUGUGUCGUACUUUGCACACAAGGUAUCGGCUUUGUGAAGCACACAAUGUGUGUUCUUUCAUUCAUUCAUUGCCAUGAGAUGCGCUUACACUGUUGUUGUUGUUGUUUUUUUAACUGUCAAUAGCACCGUUUUAUGCGUCUUGAUCAUCUUUAAAUGGCGUUUGCCAGUGGAUUUUCCAUGGAAAAGGCAUCAAAUAAGAAAGUUUUGGCAGGGUGACGUAAUCAGCCUUAGUGGUGUAGUGAUUACGUAAAGUGGCAACGAGCCGAAGGCGCCGGGUUGAAGUCCUGCUCAUCUCCUUUCUUUCUUUCUUUUUUUUUUUGCCUAGUUUCUGUUUGUUUGGUCUUUUUUUGCUUAUUUGUUUUGUUGGUUUUCUAUAAAUAUAUACCUAAAAUUAAUACAUAACUGUUAUUUAAAAAAGUGCAAUAAACAGCAAGAAAAGUAUUGUGUUUACAGAGAAAAGAUAGUAUAUUAAAUAUAUAGAUAAAUAAUCUGAAUUUCUAUCAUUUCCUACAAUUUACUGUGGGAAAACCAAAACAAUGUUCCCACGAGUCGACGAUAGUCUUUCUUUAAUUUGCCUUUUUUCCCCACUGUGGAGUGGGUCCCAGGCUAUUAACAAAGAGAUGGCGCAAACAAUCUAAUGAGUCUUAAUGUGCACUGACACAUGGACUGGUAUUUCCCAAUGCCAUUAUGCGUAUAUUUUUGUUCGCUUAGCUUUGGCCUGCACUGUAAAUCCUUGAAGCCUCAUCGUUCAUGGUUUAUGAUUUUUAAGAGCCAACAUUUUUUUCAUUGAGGUAGAAAAAAACAUAGCCAAAUAUUACAAAGCUAUUACAAAAUUUUUUUAACUGGUCAACAUUCCCAGCAACAGAUAAAAAAUGUUGGCAGUAGGAUCUUUCCUCAUAUCUGUCGAAAUGUUUUCCUACAUUGUUAGAAGUUUUUGCUUACUUGUUUGUUGUUGUCUUAAAGGCCUAUGACAAAGAAAUCACGGAUCAUGAGCAGCCUCUUCUAGUCAGUAAGCUGAAGAAGAUGGUAAGUGCUUUAUGCUUCAUUUUUUUAUCAAUGGUAAUAGCCUGCGUGGCAGGCGUUCGAAAGGGAGGGGGAAGGGAAUUAGGGCGCGAGACCACGCGCAAGGGAGGAGGGAGAAGGGGAAUGCCUGCAAGAAAGCCAUUGUUUUCGCCAUCCCGCCUACUAUUAAUUAAAAAAAUAACAAAAAUAACGAAACUGUGAAUGACUAGCUGUCAAAUAAGUCUGGCCGCGAUGCACGUAUUCCAGACGUAUUUCUUGUACUGUUUUCCUUUUGUUUUCUUAAAGCAAUCUAAAGUAAAGGUACUGUAAAAAAGUUCAAAUGUGGUCGUCCAUCGAAGGAAUCUUCCUUGAAAGUUGCAAUGGCGCGUGCCGAGUGCUGAGUACAAGUUGUUGAUGAAGGAAUCGGACGGGAAAACUAUUUAAUAAGAAAUGUAGUGGCUCUUCGCAACUUUCAAUGCAAUGUUUGUCUAAGAAAAAUUUAAACACUUUGCCGUCACGCACUCUUUGAAUUUCUAUCAGGAUGAACUGGAACUUCGAAGAUCUGCCAGAAGGCAACAAUUUAUUAUUAAAGUAAGUUCCUGUUCUCGACCAAAAAUUACCAAAAGUUAUAGAUCGCUUCGUGUUCAAUUAUCUUGCCGUUGAUAACGCGGGUCAAACAGCAGACAAGCACACAGGCAGCAUGAUUUUUCGUUUAUUUCUUCAGGCAAGUAAAACUGACAAGCCGUUGGGAGAUAAUACUUUUCAGAACCAGUCAGUAAACCUCAUCUGCUGACAGGCUUUUCCUUCAUACGGUCCUUUAACUGUUUUUUUCUAUUCUCCUUUGAAGCUGAAAUUGAUGCCUUCUACUGAUGAAUUCCCAUAGAGAAAUCUCAACACGCUUUACUAACGACAUAUGUUUAGUUGUGAAUGGUAACACUCAAGUUACUGAAUGACAUGUAUGUGACCAAUUAGAACACGCUAUUUAGAUCUUAUCAAAUUUUGACCAAUCAGGAUUUUAACAUUCGCCUGGUAGAUGUUAAUAACGAGAAAAACAAUGGUUUCCUGGCAGGCGUUUCCCUCCCUCCUUCCUCNAUACGGUCCUUUAACUGUUUUUUUCUAUUCUCCUUUGAAGCUGAAAUUGAUGCCUUCUACUGAUGAAUUCCCAUAGAGAAAUCUCAACACGCUUUACUAACGACAUAUGUUUAGUUGUGAAUGGUAACACUCAAGUUACUGAAUGACAUGUAUGUGACCAAUUAGAACACGCUAUUUAGAUCUUAUCAAAUUUUGACCAAUCAGGAUUUUAACAUUCGCCUGGUAGAUGUUAAUAACGAGAAAAACAAUGGUUUCCUGGCAGGCGUUUCCCUCCCUCCUUCCUCGCGCACCCCUCGCGUUUCUCUCGCGCCUAAAACUCCCUUUCUCGAAACUCCCUUUCCCUUCCCUUUCAAACGCCUGCCACGCAGGCUACAAUGGUAAUAGUACUGAGUAGAUUGCAAUUGAGGCAGUGUGGGGCGAUUACCGUAAAAUUCCGAAAAUAAGGCACCGGGCUUAUAAUUUUCAAAGGCCCUUUUUGAGGGGCUUAUUUUUGGAGAGGCUUUUAUUCACAGGGGCUUAUCCAUGGAGGGAAAUUUGCGUUUCAAAAUCGAUUGGGCUAGCCUUAUAGAUGGAAGUAAAUUGACCGUUUUAGCUUUAUUUUAGUUUGUAUUUGAGGGCAAUUUCCAAGUACAAGCCCUGGGGGGGCUUAUAUUCGGAGGGGUUCUUUAACGGAGGGUGUUUUGCAUAACAAGUGUGGGGGGCUUAUACAUGGAGGGGCUUAUUUUCGGAAUUUUACGGUAAUUCCAAAAUGAAUUGGAAGUGUGAAAAAAUAUGAAUACAAUGUAACAGCAAAAUCUUGGGUAGCAGUAUCCACUACAGGAGCUUUUAGACUAAAAUCUGGAAAAUCUUUGUUUUUGUUUUUUUCAAUGUUUCUGUUGGAUGUUAGACAACUGACUAGCACUGUUUUGGUUUUCAAAUAGCCUGGACAGAAACAGCAAAGAAUACCUGAAGGGGAGGUAUUACUUGUUCCUGAGUUAUGCUUUUUAACAGGUAUGUUAUACAAUAAAUUUUAGUCCUAAAACAGGAAGGGUAUGAAAUUCAUGAUGGUACUUUUUGUCUUUCUGCAUAAAAAAUGGGCAGUAUUAAUGGCUUUGGAAAACAGCACUUUUCUUUUGAUGCUUGCAAUUUCUUUCAUUAAUUUGUUCCUUAUGUGACUUUUUCACUUUAGUUGAUAUAGGUGAACUGACCGUAGUAACUGAUGGCACAAGUUAUUGUGGCAAAAACAAUCUUUGUUGUUAUGUAUCAGUGGGUGUUUCAGAUUAAUUUUUCUGAUCAUUAAUUUACUUGCAUCUCAUUUAUUGGGAUGUAUCUUAUGAUGUAGUGUCUCUUAUUGAAAAAAUGGCUUUGUAAUAAUCUUGAUUGCAUCUGUUACCACUCCAGUGAAAGUAAAACUACUAACCCGCUUCAUGUCACACACGCAGGACUUACGGAUGAGAUGCGCUCUGACUUCAGCUUGAUGAAAGAUCUGGCAGUGCAUACCCGCGUUGAUCCCAAGACUCGCAAUGAUUCGCUCUUGACAUUCAUGGGUGACAUUUGCAGGUAGGUUUUUCAGAAAAAUCUACCAUUGCACAUCCAGUGGUAUGUGUUUUUAAUAUUACUUGGGUGCCCAGUGUUGCCCAAGUUAUAAAUCUGGGGAAGUGUUUGCAGUCUUCAAUCUGCAACUGGGCUCUCUAGUUCACCUCUGUUAGCCUAACCAGUUAGCCGGGCUGGCCCACUUUACCAGGCAAGUUCAGCUGAUGCCUUGAUUCCUUAAAAAAUUUUUGUUGUGUUUAUAUUAGAAAGUGGGCUGGGCCGGCUUGCCGAUAUUCUGGUUGCUUGAACCCAGAAAACAAGAGAAUAGGCAUAAGCUAACUGGACUGGCUCACUUCAUAUAAACAGGCCCUCACUUACUUAAAGAAAAGCAGAAGUCUUUCAAAUUAGAACAGUGCUAUAAACUGAGUCCCCAAGGUUUUGAAAUGCCAAGGCUGAGUAAUCAAUUCUCACUAAACUGCCCAACAAAGCCAAAAUGCCAGGUCCCGGUUGUUCAAACAUUGGAUAGCACUAUCCACUGGAUAAAAAUCUAUUCAGUGGAUAACACAAUUGGCUUCCCUAAUACUUGUCUACUUUAUAGUGAUUUAUCCGGUGGAUAGCACUAUCCAACGUUUGAACAACCAGGGCCACAAUGGUAAAAUGCAGUUGAACAUGGUGUGAUCCCGGUGCGUGUCCAUCUGGCAACACUGCAAGAUAAGACUAGCACUUGUUGUUAAUUCUGUUAAAUUGGAUCUUCUUCAAAUACAGUAGCAGAGAUGAUCGUCAAGUUGUUUUUUUGCUGUUCUUGCCAUACCCUGGGCAUCUUCAUUGCUGUCCCUUUUUCUGGCAUUAAUCCUGUCAAUCUGUUAGUAUUAUGUUUAAGUAAAAUCCAACCAUUGGUCUAAUAUCAAUGCUGCAUUCUGAUUUGUUGAGCUGCUACUAGGCUAUAUGUUAUAGCCCCCUUGUAGCGAAAAGUACGGGCUUUUUGGGGACAAAAAAGGAUUAAAUCUAGCUUUGAACUAGCUAGAAUGUUUUUAUUCUCGAUAUUUUUGACCAACUAGUUGGAUUUUACUAAAACAAUUAUUCCUCGAGCCCUCAUGGCCUCUGAGUCAAUAGCCCAUUCGGUAGCCCAUUCGGGCUCGAGGAAUAAUUGUUUAAUAGAUUAUCCCAUAGGGUCUGCUAAAUUUGGUCAAUGAUUGCUCAUUAUAAAGAAUUCGCAGGGGGAUCAAAAGCAGCAAAAUACUCUGAAUGAAUUGAAUUUUGAUUGAUUUUUGAUUAUUGUUUUCAAAGUUCUUGUGCAGCAUCUCCUUAAAAAAAACUGUUAGAACUUUGUUGCACUGAAGGGAAGCAAUACAAAUUAAAAGAAAGGUAACUGUGUGAAGAGUAACAUCUGCUACUCACCUAUAGGCUAAAGUAUCUUUUGAGCAACCGACUGCUGCAAGAACACAGCUUGUAGUACAGAGAAUCUCAUGAAAUACUUAGUCAUUCAAAUUUGCUAUGUUUUUACAGAAAUACUCAAUCAGCUGCUGAAUUGGCGGGAUGGAACCUUGAGGUAAAGUGUUUUUAUGUAAUGUCUUAAGGUUGCUCAACCUGGUAUUUUUAGGUGCAUAACUUCCAUCUUUGGAACUCCUGUAUGUAAACAGCUUGAUCUGGAUGAAACAUAGCCUAAAGUUAAUUAUAAUAUCAAUCGGUUGUUGUGAUGCAAAUCAAUAUCAAGGGACAGCAAGGCUACUGCCUAAUGGGUGCCCAGUCACCAGAGAUGCCUAUGAUUUGCUCACAGGCAAUUAAAAGUUUAAACAAGGAGCACGCAUGGUCGCCUAAAAUUCCCUGCUUAUUCUGUGCUUUUGAAACUGCUCGAACAAACUGAGUUUGGGGACACAUGAAUCGAGUUGAGGAAAAGAAAUUUACACACAGAAAAAAGGAGAUAUGUCCUUGAAUGUUAGCUGAACCUUGACUAUGCUACUAUCUAAGUCCUAAUAAAUUUGAAGUUUAUCAAUCAAAAAGCUCCUGGAAAUGUGGCUCGGGCACCCAAAAAAUUUCUCAGGCAGCAGUCUUGGACAAUGAUGUCACAAUACCAUGGUACUCCAAUGGAAGAUAGGUUAAAAAUAAUUAUUAUGUGGAAAAUUUGCAACAUAGUCCUACUUCCAGUGGUCAUCUUUAUAUCUUACCCAACAAAUAAAAAUAUUUCCAGUUUAAUAGGCAUGUUCCUCCUGCACUUUACACCGUUAACAAACAUCUUCCACUUGUGUUGAAUGUUGUCACUUGUUAUUGUUUGCAUUGUGAUCAAAGCAAAAAAUGUUCUUUUAAAAAAAAUAGAGUGCGGAAGUGAUCUCAUAAGAAUUAAAUUUGGGAAAUUAUGAGGUUCGUCAGGAUUUUCUGAAGGAAAGGAGUCAUCAGAGCAUACCUGGGCUAAUAUCUAAGAGACAAUUUGCCCCACAAUGCUAGUUUUUGGCAAGUAGGCCUCUUGGAUUUAUUUCUUUCAGAAUAUCCCGACGAAUCCCAUAAUUUCAAAAAUGUAAUUUUUUAUGACGUCAUUACUCUUUAGUUGUUUAAUUUAAAGUUAGUCUUGUUCAGCUUAUAGUUCAAUUUCUUUGUUCAUUCACCAUUUUGUGCUACACUCUUGCUAUGCAAUUAAUUAAAAAAGCAGCUCUCAAAAUCUUUAUAAAUGCAUCUCUACCAGCUCUUCCCAGUCAUUGGUUAUUGCCAGUUAACUUUCUUAUUUCUUAUGCGUCCUGUAUACAUCUUUGUUUUGUUUUCUAGUUUGAGAAAGAGACGCUGACUUUGAAUGGGCGAGUUCUUCCCCCUGAAAAAAUUUUCCAGAAGGACAGAAAUGUGAGUUUACUUAAACUCCUUUGUUGUGCAUACAAUCAAACAUGUUGAAGAAGCAGUCAAAGCACGACACCUUUCCACAUCUGCUAUGUCUGUUUGUAUUAAAUAAUAGUGUUGAGACAAAUACAACACAUUUUUUGUUGUGCUGAAAUAUAGAGAGGUGUGAAUGUUGAAGGCCAAUCUGAAAACCAAUUUUAUCAAGUGGCAGUGUUGGCCACAUCAUAAGUACCUUGUUUCAAGUCCCUUGAAAUUUAUCCAGAUGUUUGUUUUACUGUCCUUUUGCUGAUGUUAAGCUUAUAUCAAAAACACAAAUAUAUCACACAGAUAAAAAAAAUCCUUUUUCCAAAUUUUUGGUCAUUAACCCUUUGCCGUCCAGGAAGAAUAAUAUACAUGGGUCCAGAUGGACCAAAAACAACUAAAGGACACCUCAUAGAGUUAAGAUAACAGUUCUUUUAUGUUAAUCUACCACUGGGAGUGAAAAACAAAUUUAUUUCAUUAGAUAAUAGUUUUGCUUUGUUUUAGGAGUAUUUUGAUUGAUAUACCACAUUUAUCUGUGUAUGAUGCACACUUUUAUUCACCUAGACGUGUUUCAAAAUUUGAUCACUGAAUUUGUUCACAGGAAAAAUAAGAGAAAUCUCAGUAUCUUGAAAUUGGGGUUAUUGGGGUUAUAUUGGUUCUAACUUGGGCUUAACUUGGGUCUAGUAUGGAAUUAAACUUGGGAAAUGUUCAUUUCCCAAAAUAAUACCUCAAGUUGGGAAAUCUGAACAACUCCCAAGUUGUUCCCAACCAGUGUUGAAAUAGGAAUUGUUAAAUCCUCAAUAUAAACCCAUAUUUGACCCAAAUAUGUAUAGGUAAUAGCAUGAUUUGUAGUGAUAUUUGGCAUAAAUACCACGAGCGAUAUUUCGAAAUUGUUAUACGUAUUUUCACGAGCCGUUAGGUGAGUGAAAUUUGAGACAAUUUUGAAAUAUCACGAGUGGUAUUUACGACAAAUAUCACUUACAAAUCAUGCUAUUAUUUGUUUAUUCUACUACCCGCAAAAGGUUUGUAAUUUUCACAUGUAGGUAUUUCAAAUUAAGCUAUAAUACCACUGCUCUAAGCCAAUCAAAUUGCAGAAAUUUCUCAAGUAGGAGUAUAAAGGGUCUAAUUAGUCGAGCUUGCUUUAGCAGAGCGAGACUCUAAAAAUGCAGUCGUUUCUUUUUUUUGUCGGUGGGACCUGUAGUUUGUAGGCCAUGCGUUCCUAGCAAAGACCGUGGAAUGUGGGGAUAAGAAUCGUGGCGACUUUCACUGUAUGCGAAUGAGUCUCAUGAUGAGCAUGCGGUAUAUUUUUGGCGAUGACUGAAAUGACGCAUGUAAGUUUGGCAAUGAUGUAAUUUUCCUUGAAUAGAGGCCCUUGAUUUUCGUGUAAUUGUGCACGACAUGUGGGCACUGAUUAAAAAGGAAAUAUCCUCAAGUACGAUGGGAAAAUAUUGUAGCAGGGAAAUCCUAUUUUGUGGUGUUUUAAGGCGUUACGUUUCUCAGAAUAUUGUCUCAAUUACUGGAAAUCUACGGUUAAAUAGAUUCACUUUGUUUUAUCUAUUUAAUUGAUAGAUUUUCGCAGUUGUUAAGAUGUGAAGUCGGAUUGCAGUUUAUAAAUACUUGAGGUAUCAAGAAUCCACUGUCACGUAAUUUUUACGUGCGUACGUGCCUAAAAUUUGCGUUCGCAAAUAAAAUAGAGGCAAUGUAUGAAAGGCCGCACGUACAAUUAUGUAAGCGUAAAAGUAGAAACUCGCUCAACUUGACGUUUAAUCUCAACACUUUAUAUCUUACCUCUAUUUUAUUUACGUGAUUAAAAUUUACGUGCGUUAACGUGCAGAGCCAAAAACGCGUCAGUGGAAAUCCGCCCUAACGUUACAUAUGUCACGGAUGUGUUAUAUACGGGUAGCUUUGAACUUGACUAUCUGCGCACUCUAUUUGCCGCACUUCAUGUCCAUAGAAUAGAAAUCCCAUAUCAAGCUUUUCCGGAACGGGUUGGUCCAAGAAUUCUAUCGCUUAAAUGUGUUGAUUAUUUUGGAACAACUGAUCACUUCAGUGGUCGAAAAAAAAAGGAAUAAUCUUAAUAAGCAAAACUUCAAGGUUUGCUGAAAAAUCAGGAUCAAGGAUCGGUUGAAAAGAACUUGAAAAUAAAAGAAAUAAAUAAAUCGUGGAUCAGUAGUGAUGUGGGUCGCAGACUGUAGAUAAAUUUCACAGAACAUAAUCCUGUUUGCUGUACUGGACACUAAAUUCAAGUAAACUAAUCCGAGUCUGUCUGAGUCAGUGACUGUUUUGACGAGAAAGUGAAAUUGUCCUGGAAAAAGAAACCCUUUAUCCCAGUGAUAAUGUAAUAAAAGAAAAAACUUUAAGAGUUUUUAAUUUUUAAUUGUACAUUUGCUUUCCGUACUCCUUACUUUUCUUGUAAUUGUUGUAUGCACGGCCCCACCAGCAAUGCUGAUCUUUUUAUCAUGCUAAAAUAAAGUUCUCAUCUAUCUAUCUAAAAUGCAUGCUGUGUACAACUCUAAACAUUGUACUUUGAGACUGUACGGAGAUAUAAAAAGUAGUUACUAAGCAGCUAUGGAAAAUGUAAUUGCUUUUAUGUGAUAUUGAUCUCUUGUAAAACGGACAACAAAUUCAGCAGGAAUACGCAUGAACUGAAUUAACUGUGUGUUGUAUAAGGUUCUGUUGAACUUACACAUUUUUCCUGUGCUGAACAUAUACUGUACCAAGCCGUAUCUUGGUCCGGUACAAAGAAGCUUUGUAUAUUUAUACUGACAGAGUCAUGGGCCCCUGAUACCGAUAAAAAUCAUCGUUCAAUUUUUUGAGUGUAAAAUCCCUGAAAGAGUACUCCUCAGUGAAGCAGUAUUUUUUGUAGAAGGUUUUCAAAGGUUUCACACCGGUUUGAGGCUAAGAUGUGCGGCCUGUCUCUCCUUGUAAUUUUUACUUUUUGAGUAUUUACAUUAUGACAUAUAACACUCGUUUUGUAUUCCAAACGAAAAAGUAUUAUAACAGCACCGGCGCCUUUGACAACAAAACUUAUCUCCAAGCAAGCAAGACUCGACGCUACUUAGAGCGUUCUUGUUUGGGAUAUAUUUACCCCAAGUUAAACCACAUUUAGUCCCAUAGAAGUGUUUACCUGAACCAAUGUUUGUCGCAAAGUCGUAUCCAAGUGGUCCCAAUAGGGUCAGAAUUGGGAAAAAAAACAAGGACCUUUUAGCCUCAUACAGUCCCACAAUUGGGUCUUCUAUUCUUUGUUCCAACCGCUGUUAAGUUCCUCCCAAAGGACAGGCUUAAAUGGCAGUAAUUUAUUUAGUUGUCACAUCAAACUAAAACUGAACUAAUACAAACCAACCUGAAUUUGAUAUAAAAAUGUCAUUCUUUUAUUUACAUAACUGGAAACACUUGCAAUACAUAAUGUGGUAUUUCUGACAGUGUAAAUUUACAGACAAACUUUGGAAUCCUUUUCACAAAUGAGUUUGAUUCUCUGAUUUGAUUCUAUUCUAGCUAAAGCUAAAAACAAUAUUACUACUGCAAGGGGAAAGUACAUGUAGUUGAAGAAAAUACAAGUCUUACGCUUAAGAAAGUCACAAAGAUAAACUGUUCUUAAGUCAAAGUCCAAAGCUAGAUGCAUGAACUCUUACUGAAAUCCAGUUUAGUGAGUAGUUGCAGAAUAUAACAAAUGCACAGAGAUAAACUGUUCUCUUUAAAGUCCAAAGAAGGUAUAUAUGCAUUAAUUCUGGCUGAACACUGCGUACUAUGGAAAUUGGAAGGUGUUCAUACUCAAACGGUCACUGAAAUGUUCAAAAGCUUAUGUUUCAGGAUCAAAAGGCACCAAUCAGAGAAAGGCAUUAUAAUUGUCUGUUUCCCGAGAGGUCAGCUUAAGCUGAAUUGUUGCUUUGUGAUUGGUCCAUAAAUUAUUCUUAGAUCUUUUUCAUCCGAAAUACCUUUAACUGAAACUUUUUCAAAAUUUGUUGGUAAUUUUACAACCUUUGUGUUUCAAAUGCACACAGGUAUAAAAUCCAUGCCAGUAGUUAUUUUAAAAUCAAAUUUUAUUUUUGAACGAGUUUUCGCCAGGACUUCAGUAAGAAUGGCUAGGGUUUUUUUUUUUGGUUCUAUUUUUCUUCUAUUUUCCAAUAAAAGUAGCCGGGGGCCACUCUCUUAGUAGCCGGGGAAAAUCCCUGGCCCCCGGCUCUUAAUGACAACCCUGCUUACACUUAAUUCAAGCUUUGUCUUAAAACCAUUUUCGGCAUCUUAAAAACGUUUCUAAAUCAAUUAAUUUUUCCUUCUUAAAACGAGGAUGUUGUUCUUUAAUUGAGCUGACUGUUUCUUAAUAUAAACAGACCUACUUUUAGAGUAAGUAAGAAGAGUUUAUCCCACUCAACAUGAAUUUUUGUUAUAUGGGGAAAAAAUCUUAUGUUGGUGCAUCUUUUUCUGUCUUUCUUUUCUUUAACACAAAUUACAAAAAUAACUGCACACCACAAAACAGUUAAUCCUGGGGUGAGCAUGUCCCAAUUUCAGCCAUAAAAACUGUGUCUGCACGAAAUAGUCCUAAAGUAGGUGUGAUUUAAUUUUUAUGAACCGAAGUUAUCCCCAAUUUUAUCAGCUGAAGAAGCUAGUUUUGGGAGUACUUUGGGAAACAUACAUUGGGAAUUACAAGAGAUGAAAUUUUAUUAUAUAAGCACCAAUGAAAUACCAGGUGAGCUUUCGCGGGAAAACUUGAUAUCUUCACAUGCGAAAAUAACAUGUUAUCUUCACAUGUGAAAAUAUCACCACUGCUAUGGCUUUGUAAUAAAUCACGUCAACACUCGAAGAGAAAUUUCUUAUCUCCGCGUGGCCAUGUAUUUUCCUAUAUUACUCUUAAAAUAUACCCAACUUUGACCCAAGAAUAACUGAGUACACAACAAAACAGUUAAUGUUGGGGUGAGCAUGUCCCAAUUUUGACAUAUAAAAAAUGUGUUUUCCUUGAAAUAGUCCCAAAGAAGGUGCAAAUUAAUUUAUGUAAACCCAAGUUAUCCCCAAUGUAAUAAGCUGAAGAAGCUAAUUUUGGGUCUAAUUUGGGUAUCAUAUAUUGGGAAUUACAAGUGGAGCAUGUAACUCUUAAACUAAAACCCAACUUUGUCCCAAGAAUAACCCAACUUUAAAAGUUGGGAAUUAUUAUUUCCCAGGUUAGAACCAAGUUCGACCCAAGUGGGAUUUGUCCAAUGUUUCCUGUGGUUUUUUAAUGAAUAUCUUCAGGAAGGGAAGUGAUCUGCCAUUUUCAAGCAAGAGCGAUUGCAAGGAGAAAAGGGUGGUUUUAUUUUCGCAUGAGCAGAAUAUUAUUUGCGGCCAAACACAGUUGGAUGAUAUUGCGCAUUUGCAGACCAUUAUUUGUAGGCGGUUAGUUGCAGGUCACAAGGCGGGCUCUCGGCCAAAGGGAAGACAGCAUGCAAAGAAAGUAGUGUCCAAUAGCCCAGGGCUAUUGGAUUUUGCUAUCGUGCUAGUGAGUUCUGUUCUUAACUUGCCUGACGGGUAAGUGAAGUAUUUUGAGAAAUUCAACGUACAGAAGAACUGUGAAAUCAAUUCUGCUAUCAAAAAUUUGGGGGGCUAGUUGAAAUAACGUUUGGGCUGGUAAAUGCUAGCGAAAAUGACUUUCUUUGCACCCUGGAAGAAACAUUUGCAUGGAAUGAUGAUAAUUGUUUUUUUAAGAUGUAGAAACCAGCGAAAAAGAAGAGGAUAGGCAGCCAGAGUUUUGUGUAGCUAUUUUUCCUUUCUUUGUCUUAAGUUUUUUUUUCCAAAAUGACCGUAAAGUUUAGGGUGCGCAUUAUACACAGGUAAAUGUCAUAAUAUCCUUGUUUUGGUGCUUUUGUUUACUGUGAAACUAUCAUUGUAAAUGGUUGGUGUUGGGCACUUUUGUUGAAGGGGUUAUCAUUACAUCACUAUGUAGAAUUAUGACAUAUCUGUUUUAUUUCUUCAUCUAGUAUUCUUAUGACCCCAAGACGGCAGAUUGGUCAAGGGAAAUGAGAGGAAUGCCACUCCACAGCUCAGUCAACCUUGAGAAUUGGUUACUGGUAUUUUCUUCGAGGGAUACUGGAAAUGCCAAAGACUUUGGAAGCACUUUAAUGAAAGUGUGUGGGCCAAUGGGAAUGAGAGUUGCACCUGCCAUCGAGUAAGUCACUUUUUUUUAGUCUGCUGCUGGUUGGCAUUUGAUUCCAUGACAGCUAUGUGGGUGGUCAGUUUAUAAUCACAAUUUUGUGCAGUUAGUUCGACUUCACAAGGUUUGUGCUUACAUAAUCCAAAGGAUGCGCUUCUCACUUUCAUUCUCAUUCUUUUUGAUAUGCUAAUGCAUCAGCUGACUGUGUCCUUUUAAAGCAGUGGAUUAGAGGCUGCACUAGAGGCAUUUCCCUAGCCUCUUGACAUUGACAUCCAAUUAUAUUAAGAUGGUGACGUAAUGAUUCUGCUGUUUCUUUGUAGAAUAAGGUUGGAGAAUGACAGAACAGAUAAUUACUUGCAAGCCAUUAAAGACAAUUACAGUCCUUCAUUACAGAUAGCUGUAACUAUUUUGACAUCAAAUCGAAAGGACCGUUAUGAUGCCAUAAAGAAGCUCUGCUGUGUGGAAAUGCCAGGUGAGACAGAGUUCAACAGAAAGAUAGCUUUUAAACAGGGCUCAAUUGUCACGGUUCGUACAGUCUUGAAAGUUGUACUAGUCAUCUUGAAAAGCCCUUGAAAAGUACUUGACUUUUCUCCAUACCUUGUUACAUAAAAUGUUUGUAGCACUUUCAUGAAAAAUUAAAGUGAUGAGGACAAUGCAUGAAAACAACAUGAAAUUGCCUAGUUUUACAUUUUAUGAAGGAUGUAAACAAGCGACAAUGAAAUUUCAUUUCUCUUUCUGAACUGGGAUAGGGGUCCUAGGAAUUAAAAUCCGGGAGGGGGGGUGCCUAUUUUUGAUAAAGUAGACGGGUAGGAAUUAUCGCGAUUAAGACUGGAAGAAGGGACAUUAAUUUUUUAAGCAACAUUUUCCCUGCUGGAUUGUUGGAUCAUAAAGUUCCCAGUGUCGCAAACAUAACGUGACGUGAAAAUUAAGUUAAAGGAUUGGAGAAAGUGGGAUUUAAAAGUGUUGUAACUGCGAGUAGAUUUCUAUCUCAUUUUUAUCCUUUCAAGACAUUUACAUACCUGAACUUUUUAGGGACAUUGUUGGAACGUCUUUGUUGCUAACAAGUGUGAGAGCAUGACAGUAUUUACUUGAAUUAGCACCGCCCUUAAAUAAGCACCAUGUUUGGGACAAAAAAGUAAAGCACCAUUGCCCCAUUAUACUCAAAAUCAAGAUAUUAAUUCUGUUAAAUACAGAAAUUAACAAUAUCAUAGUUAAAAAAAAUUCUUUUUGAGGCGUGAAAAAUUUAUUAAGCGCCGCAGGGCUUCUUUGAAUAACUACGGUAUGCUAAUUGAUGAACAACCAAUUUUGAAUAUGUCCUUUCAGAAUUAAGAUUUGAAAGGACAUAUGUCCUUUUACUGCGCUUUUCACAAACAUGCGAACUCUAAAGUUCCAAAGCCGUCUUCACAGUUGCGUUUUUCGCUGCUGUCAAUCAUAAUUACGAUUACAAGCAACGAACCUUGAAACACAGAAACACACAAAACGGAUUGAAAUCCACCAUUCACAAAUCAGAAACCAUGACCUUUUGAACCUGUUGUAAGGUUUUGUGUCCUAAGAGGUCCAUUAAGAUGAUUGACAGCAGCGAGAAACGCAAUCGCCAGUUGGCUUUUGAACUUCAGAAUUCGCAUGUUUGUGAAAAGCGCAGUAAGUAAGAAAAAUUAUUUCCACCACUGAACAGUGUAUUGCUUUUUUGUCGUUUUAGUCAAUGUUGCUGCCGUCAUGGCUAAAGCGCCCUAUUAUUUAUGAAACCUUGUGAUCGGUUAGAAAAACGGAAUUUUCUCAUUUCAAAUUAAAAUGGUUCUGCUCAUAGCAUCUGUAUCGUUUUCCUGUGUCAUUGGUAGUUCCUUUGUUUCUGGUAAGGUUUAAUCUUUCUUUUAUACAAUUCCUGUUAUAAUGUUUAGUGCCUUCUCAAGUUAUUGUUGGUCGAACAAUUUCCAAAAAGCAAAUGUUAAUGAGUGUCUGCACCAAGAUUGGCAUUCAGCUUAACUGCAAGCUCGGUGGAGAAGCUUGGGCAGUUGAAAUCCCAGUAAGUACAGUUAUGACUACAGUGUCUUGAUUUUGUACUUAAAGGGGCUAUGUCACAAGGAUAUUGCUGCUUUUGAUCAUUUUUGUGCGGAAGUCAUUACUUAGCUCCUUUACCCAUACACAAGAUGCUACUGUAAGGUCAUGAUGAAGAUGUCAAACAAAUUUCAUCAGAGAACAGUAACUAUAAUCAGAUUUAUAGCAGAGCCUUAAAACUUGAAAAGUUUGGCCCAAGUUUUCCAAGUUUCAAUCCAUGUUAAUCCUUGCCAUCCGUUGAAACGGACGACAGGAAACAGUUUCAAUACCUAAAUAUAGUCUUAAACUAACAAAACUGGACCAGUAUUUUUAGAACACAAUUGAUGCGAUAAAGGUUUUAGCUUUUUGAAAAGGUAGUAAAUAGCAUGACAUAGUCCCUUUAAUCAUAGUGCCUUGCACUUCUUAUCAAAGCUCUUGAGAUUCUGUCGCAGGUGAUAACUAGCCUGUAGUGGACACUUAUUUUUGCUGUUAUUUGCAAUAUUGUAUCCAUGACACCUUAAAUCAUGUUAAAACUCCUGAAAUUGUCUUUCAGUAGAAAUUUUUUGUGUGAUUGGUUCCUGAAUUUUAACUUUUUGAUUGUCACUGUCUCUUCAGUGCUAAGGCUGCUCAAUUGUGUUUAAAGUUAUUGUCAAGAUAAAACAGUCAAUAAAGUAGGUUAUAAGUGUGGUGAAAAGAGGAUUCCUAGUUUGCUGGUGGUGUUAUCCUAUUCAAGUGUUAAAAAUUAUCAAACCCUAGUUCAACCCUCCAAGUUAAAGUUGUUGCUCGGGCGCCAUUUGGCAACCAACUCUUUUGGUUUAGGGAGACUUUUUUACAAAUCAAGUGGCCAGCUCAAAAUUUAAGGCACCAUGGCGGCCAAAACGGUCGCAACUUGGAGGGUUGGAGUUUGCAAGCCUGUGUGCAGACGCCCCUGGCCCUCUCCUCAAAAACAGUCAGAGAGAGGCUGGAAGGAGGCAUCUGUACACAGGCUAAACGAAAAUAAGACCUAAACAGCGCACUUAAAAUCCGCAUGAUGGCCUGGAAUCUGAAGUGGGUACACAUGCAUAUUUAUAGGAUUCACAAGUUUGGUUUUAUCAACUGAAUUAAUAGAGUAGAUUGGGGACUUUCUGCACGUAUCUUAGAUUGGCUUGUCUUCAUUCUGCUGGCAGAGCCUUUCUUUUGCUUGAUCGAUUUUACCACACUUGGGAAAGACAUUGAGUCGAGUAAGAUCUUUAUUGAGCAUGCAUAGCAUGUUGUUUGGAAAACAGUUUAAAACCCAGGCCUAAUGGCUGUGCGCUUGUUACAGCAGGCUUGGGUAUGACCAUCGCUUUAUCAAUAAAAGGAUGCUCGCACUUUGAGAGAGAGAAAGAUUUGCUAGUCCAGACGUCUAGGCUGUGCCAAUCUCAAAGGUUUGAUGUAAUUCAGGCAGAGCCUGAAAGACAAAAGGAGGCUGUGCCUGCUGCAGGGUGCCCUGUCUUCUGUGUCACCCAAAAUGGUGGCACAAGUGCUUGUGUAACUACUUUUGAUCACAUUGCAUAUCUAGAACCCUGCAAUGAGUUAGAUGUAAAUAACAUUGCAUUCCCUUUGCUUCAGUUGAAAAAGACCAUGGUGAUUGGAAUUGAUUGUUAUCAUGAUUCGUCGACCAAAGGCCGCUCAGUUGGAGGCUUUGUAGCCAGCAUGAACCAAACCUUAACAAAGUAGGUGUUACUUUGAAACAAUGGCACACUACUCACUACUGUAGUGUUUCUGUGGGGACCUUCAAGUUACCAUCACUGUUAAGAUUAGCCAAGUGUGCUUAUUUUUAUUGUGGGCUUAUGUAGUGCUAACUUGAAGUGGGCACUCAUCGUGUUUUUUAAAUUUGGUGGAAGGGGGUAGUUCAGGGCUCAAAAUUUUAAUUCACUGGUCAUUAAUUUGACCAAAAAUUGAGCACUGGUAACCUUAUUCUUAGGACCUGAUCUCCAACUGGUGUCACCUUAUGUUUUGGUAAGAUAUUCCCUUGACUUGCAUCUCCAUUCAUAAUAGGAAUUCAUUUUCUGGUGCUAAAACAAAGUGGCGUUAUCCAGUAACUCAAACAAGGCACAAACAAAGUUUUAUUAAGGGGGCAUAGAUAGGCAGGACUAACAAUGUACAGUUGAGCCUCCUCAGGACCAAGGGUACAUGUCUGCUUAUGGGAGGUGGAAAAAAAACUGGUGCACUAGAGGGCAUACAAUGCACCAGAACAUGUCUUUUAGACCACUUGUGAUUGUAUUAUCCAUCACAUUUAAAAAGCAUGAUGCGAUAGAAUAGAAUGUGAAAAUUAUUUUUUUAAAACUCAAUUGGUUAAAGAGUUUAUACUACAACUUGAGACUUUCUGCAAUUUGAUUGACUUAGAGCAGUGGUAUUUCAGCUUAAUUUGAAAUACCUACAUGUUAAAAUUACAAAACCUUUUGCGGGUAGUAGUAUUAUCAAAUGAUGGCAUGAUUUGUACGUGAUAUUUGGCAUAAAUGCCACUUGUGAUAUUUCAAAAUUGUCUCGUAUUUCACUCGCCUAACGGCUGGUGAAAUUUCGUAUAAUUUCGUCACCUAUCAUAUUAAUAUGUAAUCAAAUGGUAUACUCGUGAAAUUAGGGAAUAAUUUCACUUGCGUUUUGUCCAAAUCAAGGCUUGGGAAAUUAUAAGGAUUUGGACAAAACGUGCGUGAAAUUAUUCCCUGAUUUCACUCGUCACCAUUUGAUUACACAUACAAAUAUCACUACAAAUCAUGCUAUUAGCCACACUAAUAUUUUUGAAUUUCCCACCAGUUUGUUACUAUUUUUAGAAAAAUAAGUACAUUUCAAGAUGUUAAUUGAGCUUUUCCAAACAUUUUUUCACAGUUGCUUCUAUCACGUCAUGCUCUUUCAAAAUUGAAAAGUGAAAAGAAAAAGCUUUUAUUGUAAAAGUGAACUGCAGAUGUUUUUGUUGAUUUCCAGUGGCCAUAUUUGUGUAGCAAAACUGUACACAAAUAUGGCGUCUCCAUACAAAGCUCUGCAAUGGUGCGUGAAAUGUUUUGGCAAAUAACUCAGAAACUGUGGGUCACAUAGACCUGAGACUUGGACAAAUUGUUUACAUAUCAGUCUUUUGUAACAUUUCUUCCACUGGAUGGUUUCCAGUUUAUUUUUUUGUGCUCUGUUUAUUGCGUGACAGUGAAAACGAUCUACAAGGGCUUGUAAGAACAUUUUUUAUGCUUGAUAUAGAGUGAACCAAAUUUAAAAAUGUCUCACUCUCUCAAUUUCUUAAUGGAAAUGAGUCGUAUGCACCGACAUUUUGAGAACUGAAAUGACAUGAAACAUGAGCUAAGGAAGUUUUGGUCGGCGGAAAUUAUUAUUGUUAUUUUUUGAUUUAUGCAAAACUGUUCCCAUACACGAUUAGUGACAGUGAAUCACAGACGCCCCCUCUCCGAUUUUUCCUGAGGGGAGGGGGGGUCUGUACACAGGCUAUAAAAAAACUUUCUGUACUGCAGUGAAUAAAAAAAGCCCGUUUUAGAAUAGAAAUGACUACUUCAAUGUCACCUUCAUAUAACUGUAAGCUCAAAACACUGCUUUUGACUAGGUCAGUGUGUGAUUUUGUUACAGAUUUUCUUGAUAUUGUUUACUGUCUGUUUACGGGCGGAGAUGCAUGGCAAAUUGAUGUGUAUGAAAAUAAAGUAUAGUGGAUUGUAGUGGUUAUUUUAGACCCUGUGGACCUCGAAUAGGUGUCCGUGUCCGCUUGUGGGACGUUAAAAUUGUAGUGUUGAAGAGAGAAAUUGCCGGCACUUUAGUGUCCGCUAUCAGGAGGUGUCCACUUACAGACGGUGUCCGUAAGUCAAGUGAAGGUUCAACUAUAAAAACAAACUGAGCUACAGAGAAACCUCCAAAAAUAUUAGACUAUCAUUGCCAAAAGACUAGAUUAACUUUGUCCAUGUGCCAAUAUAGAACAAGCAAAUAAAAGACUAUGCUAGCUAUUACGCUAUACUCCAUCAUUUAAUACAAGCUUUUUUUCUGAUGAAACUGCCAUACUACCUUGAAGCCAUAAACUUGUGUCCCAAAAGGUAGAUGUGGUGACCAGAAUUUUUUCUCUGGUCGCCAUCUGAUGCCUGAAUAAAGUUAAUUUUGAGUCCAGCAGUUACUUCUCCGUUGUCUAGAAUAAUUGAACCUAUCCAAGUACUGACAUUCAAAUUCAUUUUAACUCGCAUUGUUUUAUUUUCUAGAUAUUACUCCAGGGUGAGUUUCCAGCACACUGGCAUGGAGCUGAUUGAUGGCUUGGUGGUAAACAUGCGUGGUAAUUCUCUUGUUCCAUAGCCAUUUUAUAAGAUAUAGUUAUUUGUAGUUUUGGAAAGAGAGUUGCACUUAAAUAAUGAAUACUUUACACUAUCUAAGAACCGGCCAAAAACCUGUGAUCCAACAACUUUAUGCAGGGAGGGAGGAAAAUGCAGUCUUUUUUGACGAAGUGUAGGGCAGGGGAAAUGGGAAAGGCAGAAGGAAUUUUAAACAAUAUUAGAUGAAGCUAGGUAUGAUUUAAGAAUUAUGCUGACUUCUCCCAGCCACUAUGAGUGUGGCCCCUGGCUACUUUCAUAGAAAAAUAGAAGAAAAACAGAACCAAAAGAAAUCCUAGCUGUUUGAUUCCCCACCUACUUGUUGUAUUUACCCUGCAAGUUGAAAUCUUGGUGACAUCCCUGAUGAAGAAUCCAACAAAUACCUCAAAAAGUUAUCUAAUUCUUCCUUUGCUUUCUUGCAUGAUUUCCUCUCUCAGCGGCCUUGAGACGUUACAAUGACAUUAAUCGUGAGCUCCCAGACCGAAUCAUCAUCUACCGUGAUGGCGUUGGUGAUGGCCAGCUGCAGACUGUUGUUGAGCAUGAAGUUUCUCAGUUGAAAUCAUCAUUUAGGGACAUCGCUGCAGACUAUGCGUGAGUGUGGUGAUUCAAAAUCUUUGUACUCAGUGGUUACGUUACCCUUGUCUCCUUGAGGAGAAAAACUCUAGAGAUGCAAAACACUUGUACUGAAGGAUGCAAAGGUCAAUCCACCACCCUGGAGAUGUUUUUGAAGAAUAAUCCUUUUGGUUAGCCUGUGUCUCAUAUGUAGAUUUUGGCAGGGUUAGCGACCUCUACGAAGCAGCGCGGAUAUCCCUGUUCUGGGCCCCUAACAGAGUCAACAAAUUACCGGAAGUGAAUUGUAAAUUUUCUUUCAACGUGAUUGGCAAAUCGACAGUGGCCUUUUUAAUGCGCCAAUCAUACCUCAAGUCAGGAGACCAACACUGUCCAUUAAAAAAUAGAGGAUAUUGCAUGGCCUUACAGCAAAAACUUUGGAAAACACCUUUUUCAUUUUCAAGAUGACGGGUUUUGGUUUUUGGUAAGCAGUUUUGACUAUUAGUAAGCACUUAAAUCUGAAUCUACAUUCCAUGUUUGUUUUUUUUUUUUCAGGCCCAAGUUAACUGUCAUCAUUGUUAAAAAAAGGAUCAGUGCGAGGUUGUUUAUCAAAGGUAGAAACCCUACCAACCCGCCCCCAGGAACUGUUGUCGACACUGACAUCACUCGCCCUCAAUGGUAUGAAUAUUCACAUUGAAAGAGCUUGUUACGUAGAGUACUCUUCAUUUUUCAGUUGUCCAAUGACUUUCUUGUAAACUACGUGCAUGCUAUUACAUACAUGAAUGCCAAUUACAAUAUCUCAUGCCUGUCAUGAAGUUGCAGAUGGCUUAGGUAAGGUUUGGAAACUGACAGGCUGAAUUGGUUUUAAUACCUCACGGUAGUCCCUUUCCUUUUUUUUUCCAAUAACAGGGUUUGCAUGGUCUCGAAAAGUGCGUGUAUUUUAGGGGGAGUCAUUGAAAAGUCUUUGAAUUCAAUUGUUCCUUAAAAAGUCCUGGAAUUUUCUUUAACUUUGAAUGUAGUGUCCUGGAAAGUGUUUUUAAUGCUUUUUGGUUGUCCAAGACAGAAUAUAAAUCAUAGUUCAGAAACGUUAAAGGUGAUUUUCAUAACGCGUUUUUUUGUUUUAUGCAGUAAUUAACAUUUUAAGACAAGUGAGCUGGAAAAAAGUUGAGAAGUUGGUGGAGCAGACAGUUCAACCCUUAGAGUCCUGUUAGAAUUGACUAGAAAUGUGCAUUUUUUUACAAUCUGUGAAAAGUAGGUGAUUCUUAAAAAUUGAAUGUGGUCCUUGAAAAGUCCUUAAGAAAUGGUUGCAAUUUUUGUAUGAACUCUGCAUACCUGUUUUUUGUUUUGGAUGUUGUAACUGUUCCCUCACUAUUGAAUGGGAUACGGCUUUCAAUGGUUGUUUCACUACAUGCAACUCCAACUUAGGUAUGAAAGGGUUACAAGCAAUCGGCACUAGGGCUGCGUUUUAUAGACAGAAAAUGCACUAUUCAUUUACUCUAAUUAUUUUAUUGUCCAGGUAUGAUUUCUUCCUUGUGAGUCAGUCUGUUCGUCAGGGAACAGUGUCGCCCACUCACUUCAAUGUGAUUGAAGACAAUUCAGGAUUAAAACCAGAUCAUCUCCAGCGUUUGUCCUACAAGCUUACUCACCUCUACUACAACUGGCCUGUAAGUGAAAUAAUUAAAAUACAGUAAGAACCUGGUUGACCUAAAAUUUGUUAAACAGGUUCUUAUUUUCUAAAAUCUAUUUUAAAAAAGGUCUAACUUGCUUGCUGACAUUUUUGCAAAUAAGAUAAGGCAACAAUUAUGAUCCUCUUCGGAUACAUAACAGAGACCUUAAGAUACCCCGAAAUCGGUGUACGGGUAACGGGUAGCGCCAUGUUUUUCUCAUUUUGUGGUGACGUCAUCGACCUUGCCCGGUAGAACUAGCCGUUUUUCCGGGGUAGACACCAGUUUACCCGUAGAAGAUUUACGAAAGCUGCAAGUCCUACAUGAUGGAGAAACGAGUAAGUUUUUAAGACUUUUUUAAGUACAAAUGUAAAUUGUAUGACUCCUUGGCAAUGUUAUUGCAAGUCUGUUCAAAUAUUUUUGCCAAAUUUGAAUUUUGGCUGUAAAGAAAGCGCUUCAAAAUGUAUUGAUUUUGGACCUCAAAUGCGCAGGUUGAACUCUGAAACGAUAUCAAUUUGUGGCGGUAUUUGGAGGGAUUUCUGAGAAUUGCUCGAACGUUCGAGUUUCGCAAAAGAAAUAGCAUUGAAAAAUUUAGCAUGGGAGUCACUGUUGAAGUUGACAAUCAAAGAAAUUGUUUGGUGAUGUGCCUCGAUCAAAUGGCGGGGUUUGCGAUAACAAGCUUUCGGUCGAGGGACUUCCCGCCAAGUUUCUUAAAAUCUUUCUAUGAUAUUUCAAUAAGCUUAUGUAUGAAUGAAUUAUUUGUUGCAGCUUGUUGUUAAGAUAUGAAGUGUAGAAUUUGAGGGAGAUUUUGUAUGCAUUAAGCGACUUGCAUGUACAGAGUUAAUUUUGCGUUAAUUCUUCGGGUAUCUUAAUGGAAAUAGUCACAGUGAGUCACGCACAUGAACAUUUUACGUGUACGGGUACACUACCCUUACCCGUACACCGAUAUCGGGGUAUCUUAAGGUCUCUAAUAGUAUGCAGAUUUUAUAUAAGGAAUCAGCUGAAUGCCACUGAAUUCUCUUAGCUAAAAUGUAGAUUUUUGUUCAGAAAAUAAAAACCUAAAAAGCCUAAAUUAGCGCUCAACCCAGGGUUAAAUUUAACCCGGGUUUCUUUUUGUUGUGUUCAAAAGGAUUCUCUCGGAUAAUUUUUUCUGUUAUUUGUAGAGCUUCUAAUCAUCAACUUGUAGACAAAAAGAAUUAAAACUGAAAUGCUUUUUAAGCUUUCAAAUCUGAAUUCAAAUCUCACACUGACCCUUGGUUAUCUUAACCUAGCUUCGAACAACUCGGCCCAGGUGUCUUUUCCUCUUCAUCAAUAGCACCUUCUCGGAUAAUUUCCUCUAUUCUUUUUAGAGUGUUCUAUCAUCAAAUUGUAGAUGACAAGAAUCAAACUGAAUUUUGUUUUUAAGCUCUCAUAUGUGAAUUAAAAUUUCACACUAACCCUGGAUUAUCUUAACCCCGCUUUAAACAACUCGGUCCUGGGCAGCAAUUUUGCCCAAUUGUUUUGGCAGUUCGUCUCAGUAAGAGUAAAGAUACUUAGCAAUACAAAUGUGGACAAAUGUGUUGGCGUCAAGGGAUAUUAAAAGGGAAAAGGUCUUACUUCCCGUUGUCGUGCAUUGUCCACAAUCGUGUUUUCUUAAGCUCCCUAUUAUGUUAGUGAAAAUGACCCUGUUUACAUUUCACACUAGAUCGUUUGUUCUUUGUAUUUUGCUAACGGAAUUUUAAAUUAUCUUAGUGUUACAUUUCCGCUCGAAUUUAUUAAUAGCUGACCAAGCUACAAUCGCCGACAAAAUGAGUUGACACUUCGCCCUAAAGGGGCUUUUUGACGUUUUCCUGACUUCAAAAGGGGAAAAUAUAGCUUUUCCUCCCCCAUUCCCUCCAUGCAAUGUUGUGCUGCUGUUCGAGCUACCUUUAGAAAGCAACAAACACUCCAACUUUGAAUGUAGGGGACAGGGGAGGGGUGUGGAUUCUUUUGUUCUCUGAAGUUACCUUAUUUACCUUAUGUCUCAACAAUUUUGUCGGCGAUAGUAGUUUCUCUGAGGGAAAAAGUGAAUGCCAAAUAAUAAAUUGUUAAAAUCCCCAAACUAUAAAAAGGUCUUUGACUUAGCACUUAUAGAAUAAUGCUCACCACGCUUUUUCAGGGUACCGUCCGUGUUCCUGCACCGUGUCAGUAUGCCCACAAACUUGCCUUCUUGGUUGGACAAAGUCUUCACAAGGCACCUUCUUCAGAACUGGCUGACAAACUGUUCUUCCUGUAG